AUGUCUGGACGACCGACAACUGCAAACUCGUCGAGACCGUAUACUGCGGCCUCGUCAGACUACAGGCCCCAGACAGCCUGGAGCGAAUCCGAGCCGCCCUCUACCGCUCACGGCGGCGCGGCGACAUAUGCGUACCCGACGCAGCAGUACCACCAGCAGCACCACAAUCAUUUAUAUGCUCAGGAAGAAGAGGAUGAGGAAGAAGAGAGUGAGGAGGAAGACGUAUUUGCCUAUCUACCCCCCGGUACCGCCCAGAGCGACGUCGCUGCACCGAACCAGCACCAUAAUGGGAACCCACAGCAGCAACACGUUCAGUUUGCUCACCACACACAACAGCGGGGAGCCUUUGGGCAGCCGUUGCAGGCCCAGCAACCAGAGAAUAUGCAACCUCCACAGGACCAGCAGCAACCUCCAUCAGCAGCCGCAUUCCACAAUCUUGUCGCCGCUGCAGGUCUAGAUCCUGGACCUACGCCGCCCUACAGCCAGUCGAAUGCCAGCAGUCGAUAUGCACCGUCUGGUAUCGCUGCCCCCGCACCCACUACUACCGGUCAAACAGACAGCAACUAUGGGGACUUUGGACCGGACGCUUAUGACAUGCGUCCUAUUCCUUUCAGCCCUGGUGGGCCGGGAAUGUUCCCACCCGUGUCGGCGACCAAUAAGUCAUUUGGCAGGUCAGUCGACUCGCGCGAGGUCCGUGUCGACCUACCAUCGACUGGUGUCAGCUUUUCUUCAUCAAACUACAAUCCGGCGUCCCCAGGUCCUGUCAAGCGCCGCAUCUCGUCCGAGCUUGGUACCUCCAUCGGCGACAUGGCUACUACUCUCAAGUAUACGGAAGAAGUCGGUGGUGAAGAGGCAGAGGAAGAAGAUUCCCCGUAUCCAGAGGUCCGGGCAAGUGUAUCAAACACUGACGACACGGAGAUGCCAGCCGCCACCAUUCGGAUGUGGGUUUUGGGCAUGUUCUUGUGCCUUAUCGCCAUUUCCCUCAAUACUUUCUUCAAUUUUCGUUUCCCCAGCCCGACCCUUACACCCCUUGUCAUUUUGCUCAUUGCGUAUCCAUGCGGGAGAUUCCUCGCGGCCGUGCUACCCAUCCGUACCUAUCAACUUCCAGCUUGGUUGGGUGGAGCACGCUUCAGCCUCAAUCCUGGUCCUUUCAACGUCAAGGAGCAUGUGCUAAUCUUCAUCAUGUCCAACAUCUCUGCCGCUCCCUCCUUCUCCCUCAACACCAUUGUCGUCUCCGAACUAUACUAUAAGCUGGAUUUUGGUGCCGGCUUUAACCUGUGUCUCAUUCUCAGCACUCAGAUGAUGGGUCUGGGUUUCGCCGGGUUUGGACGACGCUUCCUCGUAUGGCCUGCGAGCAUGGUGUGGCCCAGUAACCUUGUCAGCUGCACACUCCUCAACACGCUUCAUGCUGGCGAGGAGACGGACCGACGCUCUGGCAUCAGUCGCUAUCGCUUCUUUAUCUAUGCCACCGUUGCCUCGUUUGCUUGGGCCUUUUUGCCGACAUUCCUGUUCCAGGCCUUAGGAUACUUUAGUUGGAUCUGCUGGAUUGCACCAACCAACCUGGUGGUUAAUCAAUUAUUUGGCACCGUGUCCGGCCUUGGCAUGGGCAUCCUGACGUUUGACUGGGCACAAAUAUCUUGGAUUGGAUCUCCGCUCAUGGUCCCUUGGUGGGCACAACUCCACGUCUUUGCUGGAUUUGCCUUCUUCUACUGGUUCCUUUUGCCCAUCCUCUACUACAAGAAUGCCUGGCACCUUGCGUAUAUGCCUAUGACUGCCCAGGCAUCAUUUGAUCGUUUCGGACGAGUGUACAACAUCUCUGCCAUCUUCAACCGCACCACUCGUAGCUUCAGCCCAGAAGCCUACAACGAGUACAGUUCGCUCUAUCUCCCAGGGCCGUUCCUUUUGGUCUACCUGUUGGCGUUUGCCAUCUCGACAGCAUUGAUCGUUCACACCGUCCUAUACAACGGUAGAACGUUGAUAAAUGGAUUCAAGAAAAUUCAGGUAGAAGAGGACGAUAUUCACGCCAAGCUCAUGCGCGCCUAUCCAGAAGUCCCCGACAAAUGGUAUGCGACACUCUUUGCCGUCUUCUUUGUCAUCGCUGUGCUUGCUGUUGAAGUCUGGCCGACUGGUAUGCCCGUGUGGACGUUGGCCAUAGCCGUCUUACUACCGGCGAUUUACAUGCUGCCAUGCGGUUUCAUCUUUGCGGUCACUGGUCAAGGACUCUCGAUCAAUCUAUUGGCCCAGAUCUUCAAGGCUGUCGCAAUCCAAACAUUAGGCUCAUCUCUUGCCUUUGUGCAAGACUUGAAGUUUGGUCACUACAUCAAGGUACCACCACGUGCCGUUUUCAUGGCUCAGACCAUAUCCGCCCUCAUGGGUGCCAUCGUACAAGUCGGUGUCAAGCGUUGGUUGUUUGCCAAUGUGCCAGACAUCUGCUCGCAGACACAAAAGGACGCACUCACCUGCCCACAUAAUCAAGUGUUCUUCAACGCUAGCGCCAUCUGGGGUCUCAUUGGGCCUGCAAGGCAAUUCGGAGAGGGAACCUUGUACCAUGGACAUCUAUAUGCCAUGCUCGUCGGAGCCCUCCUGCCUGUUCCAAUCUGGCUUUACCACAGAUUCCGACCGAAGACCCGACUGCGAUAUCUCAACAUUCCAGUGCUGCUCAACGGCCCGACAUUUUCCCCGCCAGCCCGUGGGAUCAACUUUUCGUCGUGGUUUGUCGUCGGAUUCAUCUUCCAAUACUUUAUCCGACGACGCAAUUUCCGCUGGUGGAGCAAGUUCAAUUAUGUGCUCAGCGCCGCGCUGGAUUCGGGCACGAUCUUGUCCAUUAUCAUCAUUUUCCUCACGCUUCAACUACCCUUCAAAAAUGGUGGUCUCUUGAUAGAUUGGUGGGGAAACAGCGCCGACGGCGCUUUCAAAACAUACGAUGUUUUGCAGCCUCCUCUCUACCGGUUACGACCCGGAGAGGCGUUUGAUGUAGCACCCAAUGGCCAACCAUGA